CGAAAGCACCACAUUGACGCUGAUGGACGGCGUCUGUCACAAAGAAAAGUAUGAAAAUACAAUAACUGAUUACAGAUACAAUGCAGAAAAGCUGAAAUUUGAAGGAUAAUAUCAAGUUUGAAAUUUAAGUGGAAUUUCCAAACAUCAAAUAUAAAUAAAAUAUGGGAGCUAAAAGAAAAAGAAUAUCAGCUAUUGGUGAACAGCAGAGUGAAGACAGAGAAGAAUCACCAGGCCCACCAGCUGGUCCAUCAAGUCAAACUAAGAGACGAAAAAAAUCACCACAUUACAGUCCAACUGAGAUUUGUCAAGAGCUGUAUGAAACAAUACGUAAUCAUAAAACAGAUGAUAGUCGCUUUCUCUGUGAAACUUUUAUCAGGGCACCCAAAAGAAGAACUGCAGCAGACUACUAUGAAGUAGUAUCAACACCUAUAGAUCUCCUACAGAUUGGUCAUAAAUUAAAAACAGAAGAGUAUGAAGAAAUAGAACAGUUAACAGCUGAUAUGGAACUGAUGAUUACAAAUGCAAAAUCAUACUACAAGAAAACCAGCCAGGAAUAUAAGGAUGCCUGUGAUUUGUGGGAUUUGUACAUCAACACAAGAAAUGACCUAAUAGCUGAAGCAUUAGGAGAAUCCUCUAAACAAGAUCCAGGAAGACGUAGAAGUUUGAGAAAAGUUUCUACAAUGGAGGGUGAUGAUGAUGAUGAAGAUGAAGAAGAAAAAAGUGAUGAUACCAAGAUAUUAGAUGAUCAGCAGGAUGACCCUGAAGAUUUUGAGGCUUUAUUUGGAUCUGUUGUGACGGCCAAGGAUAAUGAUAGGGAUAUUAGUACUGUGUUCCAGUUACUGCCUCCAAAAUCAAAAUACCCAGAGUACUACCAGAUAAUUAAACAGCCAGUUGACCUGAAGAUGAUUGCACAGAAUAUAAAACAUGGUCGCUACAGGUCAUUAGAUGAAGUUGAACGAGAUCUGUUGCAAAUGGUGAAGAAUGCAAAAACUUUCAAUGAACCAAAGUCGCUCAUAUAUAAGGAUGCUUGUACCAUAAAGAAAAUUGUUCAAAAUAAAAAGAUAGAAUUACAAGCAAAAAGAGCACAGAUUCCUUUGUCUGAUAGAAAGAAGAAAAGAGAAACUAAGAUGAUAAUAAAGAUGACAGAUAUAUGUGCCGAUUUACAGUACCCAACAGACGAUGAUGUACCUCAGGUCCAAUACGAUGAUAUUGAUGAUGAUGAGGAUAGCAUGCUAGAACAGAGUCAGUUAGAUUAUGAUGAUGAUUCUGGGGCUGAGACAGUUGCAUCAGAAGAUAAUGAGAGUCCUUUCUGGACAAUAUUUAAUGCAGUGAAAGCUUUCCGUGAUGCUAAUGGACAGACAAUUUAUGAACCAUUUGUCAAACUGCCAAGCAGAAGGUUUUACCCAGACUAUUAUGACGAAAUAGACAGACCAAUGUCAUUAGCAAAUAUCAGAAAGAAGAUCAAGUAUAAGCAGUACAGAACACUGGAGAAAAUAGCCACAGAUCUUAACCUUGUGUUUGAAAAUGCUAAACAGUAUAAUAAAGAGGAGUCUAAAAUCCACCAGGAUGCUGUGUUAUUACAAAAAGUUUUAUAUGACAAGAAAAAGGAUUUGGAUGGAAAGGACUUUAGUGUACUAGAUGAUAAUAGCGUUGAUUUUGAGGUGCCCUGUAUCCCGAAGGUGUCUCGUGAGUUAUUUGAGGAGGACAGUCAUCAAAGUAUCAUAAAGAAACCAGGAAGAAUUCCAGAGGCUGAGAAGAAACGUCCUGGACGUAAACCUAAUCCUGAUGUUCUCAGGAAACGAUUAAUGACAUUGUAUAAAUGUGUCUUUGAUUACAAUGACAAUGAAAGUCGUCCUUUGAGAUUUAUUUUCAUGCAGCUUCCAUCAAAAAAGGAAUAUCCAGAUUAUUAUGAUGUUAUUACUAAUCCUAUUGACAUGUCAAUGAUAGAGCAGAAAAUCAAAUCUAACCAGUAUCCCAAUCCUGACGUAUUAUUGACCGAUUUUGAAUUGAUGUUCAACAAUGCUCGUCGUUACAAUGAGGAGGGAUCCUUGGUUUAUAAUGAUGCCAACACAUUACAGAAAGCUUUGAAAUUAAAAUGGAAAAAUAUUUGCCAGACUAACGAGGCCAGGAAAGCACUUAGUAAAAGUAGAAUUGAAGCCAAAAAUAUCCCAAGUAAACUACAGAGACUGUAUGAUGCUAUCAACAACUUUUCAGAUGUACAUGGUAGAACAUUAUCUACACCAUUCCUUAAACUACCUCUGAAAAGUGAAUAUCCUGACUAUUUUGAGAUUAUAAAGAAGCCAAUAGAUAUGCAGAGGAUACAGCAGAAGCUACUGUUAAAUCAGUACGAAUCAGUAGAAGAUAUGGUCGCUGACUUUGUACAGAUGUUUGAUAAUGCUUCUAAAUACAAUGAACCGGAUUCACUAAUUUACAAGGAUGCAUUGACUUUACAAAGAGUAUGUCUGGAAAAGAAAAUGGAGUUGACAGAAGAAGGCUCAUGUGAAAUUCCUGAUGUCAGACAUAUCAUCCAGGAGCUCACAACUAAUCUGUUUAUUUCUACAUAUAACUAUCAGGAUGAAGAAGGUAGAUGUUUGAGUGAUUCAUUCUCUGAGUUACCUGAGAGAGACCCUGACGAAGAUUUAGAGACAUCUAAACUUACAGAGAAACCAUUAUCAUUUGAUCAGAUCAAAAGGAAUAUCGACAGGGGAAGAUACAGAAGAAUGGAUAAGUUUCAGGAGGAUAUGUUCCAAGUCUUUGAGAGAGCGAGACGACUCUGUCGAACUGAUUCACAGCUGUAUGAAGAUGCAGUGGAAAUGCAGCAUUUCUUUAUAAAGAAAAGAGACGAGAUAUGUAAGAAUGGAGAGAUCUUGCUAACUCCAGCUUUAAGUUACACAGAGCGCCACUUACAGGCAGCCCUUGAUGCUGAAAGAAACAGGAAAAUGCUUCAAGAGAAAGAGGGAACAGAAAAAGCUAAAAGAGAAUCAGAAGAAAGACAGCUUCAAAAUACAGUCAGUAGUGAAGAUUUUUUCAAGUACAAAGAGCAAACAUUUCAUAUUGGUGAUACAGUGUAUAUUGAACCAAGAUCUGGUUUGAAGAGAAAAUCUACAAGUAUAUACAGAGAAGAAGGUCAGGAACCACAUAUUCUGUGUAUUGAGAAAUUAUUUGUAGACACUGCUGGUGUACAAACAUUGUACGGCUUCUGGUUUUAUCGUCCAAAUGAAACCUUUCAUUCUGCUACCAGAAAAUUUUUAGAGAAGGAAGUAUUCAAGAGUGAUGUGUACACAAACAUACCAUUAACACAGGUCAUAGGUCGAUGUUACGUCAUGCAUGUCAAGGAGUACUUCAAAAUGAAACCUGAGGGAUUUUCAGAUAAAGAUGUAUAUGUGUGUGAAUCAAGAUACUCGUCAAGACUCAGAGGUUUUAAGAAGAUUAAGAUUUGGCCAGUGCCAAGGAAUGACCAAGUUAUGUUAAUACCUAGGGAGGUUACCCUAGUACCUAUCAGAGUAGCAUCUGUGUUUGUUGACAAGGAGAAAGAUGAAGCAGAUGAUGGAGACAAUAGUGUUUUGGACAAAGUCAGACUGGAUGUUCGUAUAGAAAAUAUACAAGGUGAAGAAGGUUUGACCUAUUUUGAACAGUUGACCUGUAAAGCUGGUUCAUUUAAAAUUGGUGAUUGUGUUUAUGCUAGGUCAGCCAAAGACAGACCUGUUAUUAGUAGAAUUGAUAAGAUUUGGUCCAAUCAAGUUGGUGAACCUAUUAUAAACAGUACCUGUUUUGUUUUUCCUGUUGAUAUUGAACACUCACCAACUCGUCUGUUUUACAAGAAGGAAAUUUUCUUGACUACAACAGAAGAAACAUUAUCAAUGAACAAUAUUGAAGGAAAAUGUUCAGUACUUCACAUCAAGGAUUACUAUACCAGUCGUAUAGGAGACAUACCAGAAGAUGAUGUAUAUGUUUGUGAGUCCAAAUAUCAAGAACCAGAAAAAACUAUAAAAAAAUUAGGAAAAGGAUUAAAGAAAUACACCCUGUCACCAUUGGUUACAGAUGAUGAACUUUACUUCUUCAAAAAGCCUCUGACUCUACAAAAGAUAAAUUCUAGUCAACUUUAUGGAAUCAAAACUACAGAGCCUUCUCCUUUGCUGAUGAAAGUAAAUGAAGAUACCAACACUUCUUUUGUUGAGCAGGAGUCGUUCAUCGAUGAGGACAGUCGAUCAAUGGAUACCAGUAUUAGUUCAGUAUUUGAAUCAUUUACACCACAACCAGAAAAACAACAAAUGUCAUCUUCUAGUAAAAAGGUAGUACAAAAGAACAGAUCUGGGGCCAAACCAGGAAUGAGGAGGCAGAUCAGCGGAUAUAUUGUAUAUUCUGGAGUAAUAAGAAAACAAAUUCAGCAUGAUAAUCCUGAUUGUUCCUUUGGGGACAUCAGUCGUAUUGUGGGGACAAAGUGGAGAAAUUUAAGUCUUGAUGAGAAACAAAUGUAUGAAGGUAGAGCCAAGAAAAUAGCAGAGGAACAAGUUGCUAAACAGCAGGAAGCUGAACGGGCCUUCAAUGAGAGCCUAUCACAGCAGCAGCAGCAACAACAGCAGCAACAGAGUCCAUGGGGAGAUCUAUCAAAGAUGUCUCCUUCAGUAUCUAGACCUGCCACACCAGCUCAAGGUUAUACAAAUGGAUAUCAUCCAAUGACACCAAUGCAGAGAGGAGCCACACCUACCAAUCAGAGAUUUAUGUCUCCAUACCAGCAACAAGCUUUUCCUGGAAUGAGACCUAUGGGGCCAGGAGGUUACAGUCCCUCCCCUCAGUAUGCUCCCCACCCUCAUGCACAACCGCAUGCUAAUGUGCCUCCACAGUCUGUUGCAGGACCUGUACCAUUACCCCCUCCAAAGCCUCCAUCACCUGUGUUUGUUAGUGUCCCACCAAGGACACAGAGACUUCUCCAUUCAGAGGCUUAUUUAAGGUAUAUUGAAGGAUUACAUGCUGAUAAACCAAAUGUUGGGGAUUGGGAGAAGAAUUUAACAGCAACUCCUGAAAAUACAAAAACUGACGAAAGUCGAAUGCCAGCAAGCUGGUUAGCUCAAGGUGCAGGUUACCAUGGCAAUGUUUCUAAUGCAUUAUGGGCAUUGCGGGAUCUGAUGUUAAAAGAUACACUUAAUAUAACAAGAACAGUCCCAUUUGAAUCUCUUUGAUGAUAAAGCUGAAUGUUGAUCAACUACCACAGAGUGAAAGGCAGCAUAUUGAAAUGAUUCAUUGUUUAAAAGAAGCAUAAUUAAACACACUUUCCUUAAAGGAAUAACCUUUGUGUUCAAACACAUUUCAUUCUUUCUUACUAGUCCAGGAAUGAAAACACUGUAUUGAAUAUUUUAUCAUCAGUUUUGUCACAUUUUAAUGUUCUUAAAUGUCAAAAUAUUCAAAUAAAGUCAUUUUUUAUAAAUUUUUCAUGAAUGUCAUAAUUUAGUAAACCUGAACAUUGCAAAGUCUAUAUGACCAUGUAUUUACCUAUAGAUGUCUUAUGAUUUUUGUACAUCCCACAUCUUUUUAUCUACAUUAAUAGGAACACACAUAUACUGAUAUAAAAAUUAAUGUUGGCCUGGUUCCAAGUUAAAUCAUUAAUAUUGUUAUACAGCUGCAUUAUAGUGUACAUGCUUGAUGUCAUAUGAUCUUAAUCUUUCUGUGUGAAAACUUUAAGCUAUCCAGUUGUCAUAUAAUUGGAACACAAUCUUCAGUGUUCUAUGACAUUGAAGUAAGUUCUUUAUUGUUAUAUUUGUAAAUUUGAUGUUUAGAUAUAAGGGAAAUUAUUGAUAUCUGUUGUAAAUAUUUGAUUAUAUAUGUUGGUUUAUGACCUAAGUUCAUGAUGAAUAUUCCUUAUUCUUGCUUUAGGUUCUAAUAUUCAAAGCCUUUGGAACACUUUUUAUUCUAAGUGAAUGACCUGUUUAUUUUUAGUGAAUUUUAGUUUUUUAUUAGAAAAUUGACAGGUGACCAUAAAAUUUAUUUUCGAAACAGUAAUUGUAGUACAUGUAUUAUGAAUUUGUUUAAGAUUUUUCUUGAGUAGAAAUUUUUUCAAGACAUCAAAAGAUUCAUUGUUAUAAAACUCAUAUUCUGAAGGAAAACAAGCUAAUCAAAGUUUUAAUGUGAUGACCUUGACUUAUAUUUGGACCAGAAUGCUGACAUUUAAAUAUUUUAAUCAAUUGUCAGAUUACUAUAAAUCUGUAGUUGAUAAUUCCACUUAUGGAGAGGAGGAACAACAUUUAGGUUUUUAGAUACUGAUGGUAAUCACAAACUGGAUAUACCUACCACUGAAAAAUCCCAAAUGAGGAACUAUGACUAAAAACCAAUAUGACAUUGGCUUAGGUAGUAACACAUUAGAAUUGUACACCACUAAUUGUUUUUUUUUUUAUUUAUGAUAUAUUUCCUGUAUCUAAAGAGUCAUGAUGUAAACACUGUAUUGCUGAUAUAAAGUUUUGCAUGAAUAACUCUGGUUCAUUGUAUUUUUCAUCAUUUUGUUGUAUUGGUGCUAGUCAUCAUAUUGUCAUCUUACUGUUAUGUAAAGUAAGGCCAAGAGGAAAUAUGUGUCUGUUAGUGGAUUUCAUGAAAAAAGUUAGCAAGUUCACUAUAUUAUAAAUGUUUUUUUUUCCUUAUUGCAUCAACAAAAUAGGAAAACCAAAAGGAUCUGUAAUCAUACAAUAACUGACUGUUUCUGACAAGAUAAUAUAAAUUUCCACAAGAUAAAAGUUAGGAUUCCAGUAUACCACCAUAACUUUUUCUUCGUCAAGAAAAUGUUUUUGAAGAUAUUUAUUGUUAAUCAUAAAUUGGAAAUAUCCAGUCAUUGCCAGUAUGUACUUUUACUUUUAAUGCACUUACAUAUGUUAUAUUCCAGUUGCGUAAUUCUAGACAGAAACCUAUUUUUUGUUUGGCCUAAGAUGGAGUAUCAGAAAAAUAUAUUAAAUCUAUCUUAUCUGA